AAUUCCAGAAAUGAAGUGAUAGUGACUGCCCUUGACAUCAAAGCCACAUAUUGUGGGAGGAAAGGCCUAUUCUACACAAACAGACAUACAUCAAACAAGAAAUGCUGACAAGGACCAUUUUUAUUCAUGAAUGAUUAACUCAAGCAAGAGUGUGGUUUAAGCUGAAAUCAGUGACAUUGAAAACAGUGGGAUAAACCUUCAGCCAUCAGAAUCCACAGACUGAAUACCUAGUUCUACUCAGCUUUACUGGACACCAAAAAUCGCAAUGGGAUCGAUUAAAAUUGAAUGUGUUUUGAAGGAGAAGUACUCGGUUGGAGAAAGUCCUACAUGGGAAGAAAAACAUGGCACAUUGCUCUAUGCUGACAUUACUGAACAGCAUGUGUACAGAUGGCAUCCUGACAGUAAUCAAGUGGAGAAAAUCCAUGUUGAUGCUCCAGUUGGAUCUGUUGUUCCCCGGAGUUCUGGCGGAUAUGUCCUGGCCAUCGGAAAAAGGUUUGCCUUUCUGGACUGGGAGAAAAAGAAGGUUACAGAUAUUGCACAGAUCGAUAACAUGAAAACAAACAUCAGAUUCAAUGAUGGCAAAGUGGAUCCUGCUGGGCGCUUUCUAGCAGGCACCAUGGCAAUGGAAACCCAGCCUGGUGAAUUUGAAAGGCACCAGGGAGCCCUUUACACCUUGCAGACUAAUCGCUCUGUCGUCAAACAAUUUGAUCAGGUGGACAUUUCCAAUGGUCUAGAUUGGUCACUAGAUCACAAGAUCUUCUAUUACAUAGACAGUUUGUCUUUUACUGUGGAUGCAUUUGACUACGACCUGCAGACGGGAAAGAUCUCUAAUCGGAGGGUUGUGUACAAACUUGAAAAAGAAGAAGCUAUUCCUGAUGGACAGUGUAUCGAUAAUGAGGGAAAACUCUGGGUUGCCUGCUAUAAUGGUGGAAGAAUCCUUCAUAUUGACCCAGAGACAGGUAAAAGGAUCCAGACAGUGAAGUUGCCUGUUAGUAAAACCACAUCCUGCUGCUUUGGAGGAAAAGAUUAUUCUGACCUAUAUGUAACCACAGCUACCAAGAGAAUGGAUGAAGAGUCACUUCAGAAAGAGCCACUGGCUGGGGGCAUUUUUAAGGUUACUGGACUGGGUGUGAAGGGGAUUCCACCGUAUUCAUAUGCAGGAUAGAAUAUUUCCACAAGCAGAUUCAGCGCCAACAGAAAAGGCAUGCAAAAAAUUGCAGCAGUGUUUGCAAACCUGGAAAAAAUGUACACAAAAUAUUACACUAUCUACUGAAAACUG